UUCUAGACAAAAUGGCGGAUGUUGUUAUUUUGCCGCAGGGUCAGCGCUAAUCGAAGUUCACCUUUUCUCCGAUUUACCUUUAGAAAUUACACAAAAAUAAUACUUGGGAAUAACAUCCGUCGUUGUAAGAUUUGGUGAGGUGAACUACAAUGAAAGGCAAAGAAAGGUCGCCGAUUAAAAAACGUUCUCGCGCUUUGGACGAUAUCCGAGACAGGGGAGGAGGCCAUCCGCCCAGCAAGAAAAUGGGGGCUCUCUCGGUUUCUAGCGGGAGCAAUAAUGGAAAUAGUUCCACCAAAAGUGACGGAGGAUCUACAAGAAGGAGUUUGUUGGGAGAGAAGAGAGAUAGAGAUUUUGACGGUCAUGUAUCUAGUCGAACCGGCGGCAGUAAUCACAACGUUAGUUAUCCCGGCGCGGUUGUUAGCUCUAUCGGCAAGAACCACAACCUGGGUUUAGCACUCGAUUUAACCACGGCAAGAAUGAGUAAUUCUCGCGGCGAACGUCCUCCGCCUCCUCCUACAAACAACGAGAGUGAGUACAAAACUCUAAAAAUCAGUGAACUGGGUACUCAGUUGAGCGACGAAGACAUAGAAGACGGACUUUUCCACGAAUUCAAAAAAUUCGGCGACGUAAGUGUCAAAAUAAGCCGCAGCAACGACGAGAGAAUUGCAUUUGUCAACUUCCGAAAGCCCGAGGAUGCCAGAGCAGCAAAACACGCCAGGGGCAGGUUAGUGCUGUAUGACCGUCCACUGAAAAUCGAUGCAGUGUACAUCAAUAGAAGAAGAAGUCGAUCACCAGUUGAGAGAGUUGACAGGGACCCGUAUGUUGCCCCAGGCCACAGACACUUGCACACCCAGAGACCCCUUUCACCUUCAGGGCUUGGAUACAGAGACUACAGGCUACAGCAGCUGGCUCUCGGCCGCCUCCCCCCUCCCCCACCUCCCCCUUUGCCCAGAGACCUAGAACGGGAGAGAGAGUUAGCCUUUUUUGAAGCCAGGGCACGUCCAGGCCCAGCGUUUAUUACAGAAAGAGCAGCUGCCUUCCGCGAGGAGGACUUCAUCUCUCCGGAGGACGACCAGAGAGCUAACAGGACAUUGUUUCUCGGCAACUUGGACAUCACAGUCACCGAGACGGACCUGAGGAGGGUGUUCGACCGAUUCGGUGUGAUCACAGAGGUGGAUAUAAAACCCACCCGGGGACAGACCAGCACGUACGGGUUUCUCAAGUUCGAGAACCUGGACAUGGCCCAUCGCGCCAAGCUCACCAUGUCCGGAAAGAUAGUGGGCCGAAACCCCAUCAAGAUUGGCUACGGCAAGGCCACGCCCACCACGCGCCUAUGGGUGGGCGGCCUGGGGCCCUGGGUGCCCCUGGCUGCACUGGCCAGAGAGUUUGACCGCUUUGGCACCAUAAGGACCAUUGACUAUAGGAAAGGGGACACCUGGGCCUACAUCCAGUACGAGAGCUUGGAUGCUGCUCAGGCGGCGUGCACUCACAUGCGUGGCUUCCCUCUGGGUGGGCCCGAGAGGAGACUCCGGGUGGACUUUGCAGACACUGAGCUCCGCUACCAGCAGCAGUUCCUCCAGCCUCUCCCCCUGUUUGACAUGUUGGGUGAGUCUUUUGUCCACCGUGCCGCGCCGGAGCCCCUGCGGGUCAGGGAGAGGACUACGCCUCCACUCCACUUCCGAGAGAGGGAGCUGGGCUUCCCUGGGGCAGAGUGGCCCCCCAACCCGGCCAUGCGGGAGCGGGUGAGGCCGGGGGCCUUCGAUCCGCUGGAUCACCUGGAGCGGGACCGCCGGCCCGUUGGCCGGGAGCCCUGGUCUCUGGAGCGUGAGUUGGCGGGGCGCGGCGACCCAGGGCGGAAACGGCGCCCCGUGGAUGACAGCCGCCACCUUGACGUUUCUCCGGAGAGCAUUGACCGCGCAGCGCGGCGGCGCCGGGGCGGCCCUUCGCCGGACGGCAGCCCCGACGGGGGGCGCUUCAGUGACACGGAGCGCUCCCUGCGUGGCGGCGACAGGCUGUCCCCUGUGCGAGAUCGCCGCCCCAGCGCGGAGCGUCCUGGCGGCGGGGACAGGAGACUGAAGAGCCAGGCGAGCCUCGCGGAGAGAGGGGCCUCCUGCAGUAGCCUCACACCUUCGGCUGGGGAGAGGAAACGCAAAGCCGGCGACAACGGCAGCGCCAAAGCAGCCGGGGCUAAGAGGGAUCGCUCCUCAGACCAGGCCGGGGCCAAGGGCGGGGCCAAGGGCGGGGCCAAGCUGGGACUGGCCUGGCAUGGCAUGCUGCUCCUGAAAAACAGCAACUUCCCUGCCAACAUGCACCUCCUCGAGGGCCACCAGGGGGUGGCCAAGGACCUGCUCACCGACGGCGCCACCGGCCGACCGGUGGGGGAGCUGAAGAUCACCCAGCGCCUGCGCCUCGACCAGCCCAAACUCGACGAGGUGUCCCGACGCAUCAAAGCUGCCGGCCCGGCUGGCUACGCGGUUCUCCUGGCGGUUCCCGGCUCCGGCGGAGAGGACGCGUCAGCGACGGACCCGGCCAUUUCGACACAGCGUCCCCUCCGCAACCUGGUGUCGUACCUGAAACAGAAGCAGGCCGCCGGGGUGAUCAGCCUGCCCGUCGGCGGCAGCCGGGAUAAGGAGCACCAGGGGGUUCUACACGCGUUCCCGCCCUGUGAGUUCUCCCAGCAGUUCAUUGACGCCUCGGCCAAAGCCCUGGCCAAAACCGAGGAGGACUACCUGGUGAUGGUCGUGGUGCGCGGAGCAUCAUAAAUGCAGUCUUGUCGGAGAGAGAGGAAGCAGGAAGCAAAUCAUCCCUGAUGUUGUAAACAAAAAAACAAAACGUGUCUGUAACUACUAGUGCAUGCUGUGUGUUCUGCUAAAUGGGGUCUCUACUGGGGAGUAGUGUCAUAGGGGAGGGGAGGGGCGGGACGGGGGGGGUGGUUUAGGUAGGCUAGGUUAUGUGACUAUUGGUUCUGCAACAGCAACAGAAAUUUAAAUUGCCCCCUUUAAAGUCAACAACUUUGGAACCCUGUUUUAUAAAGGGUGUGCUAAUUUCAAACCGACGUGCACAGAAACCAUUCAAUGGGUGUUUUAUGAAAAAGGGGGAUAUUCAUUGGAAUUUGACGUUAACAUUAGCUUGAAAUGAGGUACAAAGGAACCCUUCUGUGUUUUCAUUCAGGAAAACUUGAACCACUAAGAAGUAGAGUACAAGUCAACUCCAUGGUUUAGUCCACUAUUUAUUUGGUCGACGUGUUAUAAAAACAGACUGUAAUGCUUAUUACAAUCAGUUGGUGUUCAUUUAGAGUUAAUUAUAUAUUUUUCUUGCAUAAUAUUCUCGAUGCCCUUCGUUAAAAGUACAGAAUUCUGAAAAAUUAAGGGUGGGAUGUCUUACUUGACAGUCUUCCAUAUUGAUAAGAAUGGACUUCCCGUCUUUGCCCGUACGUAGGCUAUUCUUUGGUUUGUUUUGUCCUAUAUUACUGGUUAGGUAGUCCAGUAUGGUCAAUCAAUGGUUCAUGAACACUACAAAACAGUUUGAGAUGUAAUGAAGGCUUGAAUACCUAGAUAUGGGUUCAGUAUAACUUUCCUGUUUGACAACAGUAAGUUCAGUUGCUUUCCAUAUGUAUUUUAAUGUUUAAGCCAGAAAUGUUUGGGUAUAUUGAGAUGUUAAAUGAGGAAUACAUAAAAGGCUUUGCCCUGCUAAUCUAGUUGAACCAUAAAUACAUUGAUGCGAUAAAGAGCCAAAUGAGACUAAAAUAUAAAGUAGAUUUUAUUGUGUGCACUUUCUUUCGCACCACUUGAACUUUGGUAGUACCUUGUGACCUAUAACCUUUCACCUACAGUGUGUGAUAAAGUUACACUAGAGAAGAACAAACAAGACUUGGAAGCUCUUUUUGUUAUUGACAUUUGUGGUCUGGUUCAAUAUGCCAAUGUUUGUUGCCAAGUUUGUGUGAACAUGAUGGUAAUGUUGAUCCUUAUUAUCAAGUUAAAAAAAAAGUUUUUUUGGCAUAUACCCUGGUCAUUUUGGGGUAUUUUUGAUAAGUUGUAGUGCUAGUAUUUUUAGUAGAUUUCAGAAGUAAUGUUCCUCAUGUAAGCCAGCUGCCGACAGUUUGAUUUUUAGGACUUUAUAGUAUGUUGCCAUUAUUAUCAAUGUUAUUUUUUUUGUUUUUUUUGUUUUAAAAAAAAAAGGAAAACUGAGUUGUGGCUUAAGGUGAGGUUGAUUUGCUUUAUCUUUUGAUAAACAGAAACAAACGUGUAUUUUCCCUCAAAGUUCUCCAGGAAUUGUGGAAUCUCUAAAGCUUCAACAUCAGAGGAAGUCUGAGGAGGAGGAAACAACUUAGUAUUGGUCCGUUUUCGCAGAGACGCUGUGUCUCUUUUGUGUUCUGUAUUUAAGUGGAAUUCUAUGACCCUCAUUCUUUGUGCUCUGUACCUGAUUUCAUUGGAAAGACAAGACACGGAAAGUCAUCUUACCACACACAGCUUACUGCCAAGCUGUUUAACACACUCAGAGAAAGCGUGCAUUUACGCACGUCGUUGUCCUCCGAAUAUCAAUAAAUUGUUUCAUUUGAGGGAAA